AUGGUCGCCUGGCACCUCGGCCGCUCCCGUCGCUCGAUGAACUUCGACGACUUCCGGACGCGGCAGCUGGCGGAAGCCCUCGCGCCGCUGCCGCUGGCUGUCACGCGCGAGGUGAGGCAGCACCGGCGCGAGCUCGAGCAGCGCCUCGUUAUCGCGGAGCGCGACGAGCGCAUGCGCCUCGAGUGGCGCGCUAGUUCUCGGAGGACGUCACCGCGAUGGAGGCCUUCUACGACAAGAAGGAAGAGGAGAAGGCGGCGCUUAAGGUGGCGAAGAAGGCGGACCGGGAGGAAAGGGAGAGCGAAGGCGGCGGUGAGGAAAAGGAGAGGGGAGGAGAAAAUCGCGAGGAAGGCGGAGGAGAAGGUCGCGAGGAAGGCGGAGGGAGAAGAAUAA